AACCCCAGUGUUGUAAUGUUUCAGUCUGAAAUCUUCUUGUAUAACCCAGCAGGGCCAUUUGUCCUUUUGGAGAAGGGCAAACAGUACAUGGCAGCAGGAAUCAACCAGGGCCCUAGAGCACUGAGGCAGAGUCAGGAGAACCUGGAGGAGACAGAGGCUGAAGACAAUUAAAAUCAGCAUCUAAAUCGGCUCCCAACCCUGGGUGAAAGUCCCAGAGAGAAACUUAUAUCAUGAAAUUAAUCGCCAUCCUUUUCCUUUGCUCCAGGCUGCUACCAAGUUUAACUCAGGAGUCUUCGCAAGAAAUUGACUGCAACCACCAAGAUGUAUUUAAGGCUGUGGACACGGCUUUGAAGAAAUAUAACAGUGGAAACAAAAGUGGCAACCAGUUUGUAUUGUACCGAAUAACCGAAGUCACCAAAAUUGAUAAUCCUGACAUAUUUUAUUCCUUCAAGUACGAAAUCAAGGAGGGCGACUGUCUUGUUCAAAGUGACAAAACCUGGCAGGACUGUGAUUACAAAGACUCUGCACAAGCUGCCACAGGAGAAUGCACAGUAACAGUGGCGAAGAGAGGCAAUGAGAAAUUCUCCGUGGCUACCCAGACCUGCCAGAUUACUCCAGCUGAGGGCCCCGUGGUGACAGCCCAGUAUGACUGUCUGGGCUGCCUGCACCCCAUAUCAACCUCAAGUCCUGAACUGCAACCUGUUCUGAGACACACCAUUCAACACUUUAACAACAAGAGUGAUCAUCUCCACCUCUUUCAUCUUCAUGAAAUAAAAAGUGCCCAAAGACAGGUGGUGGCCGGAUGGAACUAUGAGAUUAAUUAUUUAAUUGUGCAAACUAAUUGUUCCAAGGAGAAGUUUCCAUCUUUAACUCCAGAGUGCACGUCCCUUUCAAAUGGUGAUAUCGGUGAAUGUACAGAUAAAGCACAUGUGGAUCUUCAGCUAAGAGUUGCUUCCUUCUCACAGAAAUGUAACCUUUAUCCAGGGGAGGAUUUUGUACAACCACUUGUCAAGAUUUGCCCUGGCUGCCCCAGAGAUAUACCUGUCAACAGUCCAGAGCUGGAGGAGCCUCUAAAUCAUUCCAUCGCCAAGCUUAAUGCAGAGAACAAUGCAGUCUUCUAUUUCAAGAUUGACCUUGUGGAAAAAGCAACAGUACAGGUGGUGGCUGGAAAAAAAUAUUCUAUUGUGUUCACGGCCAGGGAAACCACAUGUUCCAAGCAAAGUAAUGAAGAGUUGACAGAAAGUUGUGAGAUCAAGAAACCUGGUCAAAUUCUAAAGUGUAAUGCUUCUGUUUACGUGGUACCUUGGGAGAAAAAAAUCUACCCUACUGUCAAAUGUCAAUUACUUGGACAGACCUCACUGAUGAAAAGGCCUCCAGGUUUUUCACCUUUCCGAUCAGUACAAGUGGAGAAAACUAAAGAAGGAGUAACUGUAAGUCUACCCCACUCUUCCAUGGCACCUAUACAAGACGAAGAGCAGGAUUCAGGAAAAGAACAAAGACCCGCUCAUGGGCAUGACUGGGGCCAUGGAAAGCCAAUAAAGCCUGGCCUCGGCCAUGGCCAUAAAUAUAAGCAUGGCCAAGGCCAUGGGCACCAUAGGGGUCAUGGUCUUGGCCAUGGACAUCAAAAGCAACAUGGCCUUGGCCAUGGACAUUCAAGGGGACAUGGGCUAGCUCAUGGACAUGAGCAUGGUCAUGGCCAUGAAAAACAUAAAAAUAAAGGAAAAAACAAUGGAAAGCACAAUGGUUGGAAAAAAGAGCAUUUGUCAAGUUCUCAUGAAGAUUGUACUACAUCUUCUGCACAGACACAAGAGAAGACAGAAGGGCCAACACCCCUUCCUUCCCUAGCCCAGCCAGGUGUAGCCGUUACCAUCCCUGACUUUCAGGACUCAGAUCUCAUUGCCACUGUGAUGCUUUCUACAGCACCACCUCCCACAGAGAGUGAUGAUGAUUGGAUCCCUGACAUCAAGAUAGAGACAAAUAGCCUUUCAUUUAAACCCAUCUCGGAUUUUCCAGAAACAACUUCCCCCAAAUGUCCUGGACGCCCCUGGAAGCCAGUUAAUGGAGUGAAUCCAACUGUGGAAAUGAAAGAACUCCAUGAUUUCAGUCUCUCUGAUGCUUUUUAUUAAUUUAUGCAACCAUGGAUAUUUCUUUAACAUUUCCCUAUCCCCUCUCCCAAUGUCCAAAUAUCCUGAUAUAAUGCAACAAAGACCAUGAACAUUCAGAACAGCCUAGAAACGGUGAGACUCCCCAAUCAACAUCAAUCUCUAUGGAUAACACAUAAAAUUGUGUAGAAUUCUAAGUCCCUUCUGGGUCUCCUUCCCAAGUUUUCUUAACUAGCAUAGAAAAUGGAUAAACUCAUGUGACUUGUGGCUUACCGCAGUUUGCUUUUCUGAUAAUGGAUGUGUACCUUGAAACGUACGUCAUCAAUUUUCAUACAAAGAUUCUUGACAUUUUGAAUAAAUUGUAGCAUCUGGUCCCUGAACAUAUGUGAAUAUAAGGGAAGCCAAGAGACUGAAUGCUGAGCUUCUUAAUGGGGAAAAAAUAAUUAAAAAAAACCCUCCAGAGGUCAAAGAUAGACAAGAGAGAAAUGUUGGCCAAAGGGAGGACAGGAAAGAUAAAUUGACUUUCUGUUUCCAAAAUGGGCUGGCUAUAUUAAAGAGUUACUCCCAUUUGGCAAAUCUAUUCUGAUAAUUCUUUUUCUAGGUGAGAGUGUUUCUUAUAUAUUAGUAAUUUCUGCUUACUCAUUAACUAUGCUUUGCAACAGGGCUUUCAAAUAGGAGUUUUCUGUUUGUUUAUUUGUUGCCUAGGCUAGAUUGAGUAACUCUUAGUUUUUAGCAGCUCUGAGUUUACUGAUAAGGCUGGGAAGCAGAGGAAGUACUAUAAAGACAGGGCUGCUUAAGGAAACCCUGUUCUGUGAUUGAUAAGGGAAUAUCACGACAUGUGAUGCAAAAUUGGUUGAGAAAUUUUUUCUGAGAAAUUGCUCUCUGCCCUCCUUUUAUAAUCUCUUUAUUUUUUUCUGCUACAAUAUUAAAGAGUACUUAACUUAGCAAAAGAGAAUAAUAUGAUAUCUGUGAGGGAGGCAUAUAUUUUAUAACCCUUGCUGUGCUUUUGCCUAGGGAAACAAGAUAGGGCUUUAGACAGCUACACUCGCCUGCAGAUGCAUGUUAUCACUGCUGCUUCAAUUUAUCAGAUGCCCUGGAACCUCUAAGUUUUGGUUUCACUUCAAAUAUUACCUGUACUUUCAAAUAAAGAAACAAUGAUGUCAGAAAAAAGUCUCA